UUCUGGCAGAGGGAAAAAAGAAAAGUAAGAAAUGAAAAAGAAAAUGGAGAUAGAUCCAUCCAGGGUCAAGUGGCCAAAGCAUUUCCUCGAAACAAAGAUGGGAAGAAAAACAGAGGGCCGCUGCAGUGCGCUUCUUCUUCCUAUUCCGACGCUCGAUAAAACCAAAUCGUCCACCGUCUUUGAUACUCCCUCGGCCGUUUCUUCAAAAUCCUUUUCCUCUCGUUCUUUCCUUCCUUUAUUUCCCCCACCGCGCCUCCCUCGCCCCCAACCUUUCCUUCUUUCUUUUGCUUUCUUGCUGGAGAAAUCCGUUAGUCCAUUAUUGAAUUGAGAAACCCCAUUAUUGAAUCGAGAAACCUCCUCUCGUAGAUUUCGGUGGGAAGCUACGUUCUUUGCGGGGGAAAAAGGGGAUAUGACGCGCUAUUGGAGGAGAGGAUGGGUGCCGGAUCUCAAUCACCUCCCGCCUGUGGAUGAGCCUGUUCUUGAUGGGUUAAUUGGUUUCUCUGUUUUGCCCGAUUCAGGAGCGCAUAGUGGGGGUUUUACCCGCCGGCGGUCGGGUUAUGUUGAGUUUUCCGACGAUGAGAUUGCUGUAAUCUCUCCCAGGACUUUUGCUCAGGCGAAGUGCAAUGUUACCAGAAACAAUGUGCGGAGACUCCAUGACGUUUUGGGUGAAGCGGCACCUAGUUUCUUCGAUGCUGAGACGACAAUGUGUGGACAUUGUAAAAGGAAAAUGCCUGAAGGUGACAGCGAGCUGCUCCUGCAAUCAGGAAUCAGUAACAAGAAGGCAAAGAAUGUUCAGGAAGCCAUAUGCCCUGUACCUCCUCCAAACGAAUCCAUCUUCAGUUGCCCUGUAUGCAUGAGUGAUCUGGUCGAGCCAACUUCAACGAAAUGCGGCCAUAUCUUCUGUAAAGAGUGCUUAAGAAAAUCACUAGCAUCAUCAAACAAGAAGUGCCCUACCUGCAGGCAGAAGGUUGGCAGACGAGGCUUCUUCAGAGUCUACCUUCCCACAAGAAACUGAACGAACGCGAGAUGCUCAGACAUUAGCUCUAAUGUUAGUAGUAUAUGCUUUAAGCUGACCUGGUAGAGUUGUUAAAUUGUAGACGAGCUACAGGUCUGCUUCCCCAUCUUCAAUCUGCAAGACCAGGUAUUUAGCUCCAAGUGCAGUUGGUUCCUGAAGAUUGAAAAUUGGAAGGUGGUUCACUAUUCUUGACUCCUGCGGAGUAAAUAAUGAGCUCUGUUGGGUUGUCUGACAGCAGCCUGAACUACUUUUUAUCUGUUCACUCAGCAAAGCGAUCCAUUUCUGUACCAUGUGUAUAACAGGGAUUCUUUGUAUGUUGUCAAUGAUACUGAGAGACUCAUAUUGGAGAUUUAGAAUGCAAUUACAGACAUAAUUUUUUGUUUGCCG